AUGAAGGUUAGAGAUAUUGCAUACACAACCAUCAAAAAUGCAAAUCUCGACCGAGAAAGAUUUGAACAAUCCCGUCAACAGAUUUUCGACAAAGUCUACAACACAGGAAUGUACCUCGUCUUCAUGCUCCUACUUCCUCUCCUCAUUCUCAUCUGGAUUGACACUCAGCUUUUCUUCGCCCUCAAAAAGCUGAAACGAAAACGCGCCGAAAUUCGACACCAGCAGACCUCGCGUCAGCAGCAGGACAACAACGUCACGCUCGUACUCGUCAUCAUCGUCGUCGUCCUAAUCGUCUGCCAGUCGCCAGCCCUCGUCAACCACAUUUUGUGGGUCGUCCUUGAGAAUGAAGACAGGGAGUGUGGCGGGGUGCAGUAUUAUUUCAGGAGGAUUAGCAACGUCAUGGCGACGCUGAACUCAGCCGUCAACUUCCCAAUCUACGUCCUCUUCAACAGACGCUUCAGGCGCCUUUUCCUACAAAUUCUCCCAUGUCUGGCCCCCUACACCGCGGACAACACCAGCCUCAACCAGGUCCCUGACGCUGCCACGGCAGUCCCGCAGCAGACCGUGCUUGGCCCACUGGACAGGACCUCCUUCUGUCUGAGUCGUGGCCACAGAAACAGCAGCAAGCUAUUGAUGGCGAAUAACAACAGCAGCAACAAUAACAACAACAACAACAAUAAUAAUAAUAAUAAUAAUAAUAAUAAUAAUAUUGAAAAUAGUAAUAUAAAUAUUAACGAUGAUAAAACAAAAGACGAAGGAGGAGCGAAUGAAAACAAAGAUGGUAUUUAUUUGGCAGUGAAUAAUAAUAAUAAUAAUAACAACAACAACAAUAAUAAUAACAAUAAUGUUGCAAACAGAAACAAUAGUUCGGUAACAUAUAUCGACAUUGUUAAGAAUGUUAGCAACGGCAACAAAGGUGACGAAAAAUCAACAGGAAGCGAUGGUAAAAAUCUGAACAACAACAACAACAGAAAUAUCAACUACAGCAAUCCAUCGACCAGCCAACAAGACCAACUCGAAACAACGACAAACACAAACAACAGCAUCAUCGACAGUAAAAAAUUAUUAUUAAAACUUAAUAAAGCAAACACGGGCGAUGAUGAUGAGGAGGAGGUAGACAAUGACGAUGCUGAUGAAUUCAUAGAGCUCCUACCUAUGAAGCGAGAUACAACACCACAAAACGCUACGGACAACCAUAGCGAAAAGACAAACCCUAACUAUGACGCCAUCAACAACAACAACAAUCGAGAUAGCACCGCCGAACCAAAGAUUAUGAAUCAUCCAAUCGAUAAAAAUUUCAAAAUAAAUUUCGGCAAAACUCUGGGCUCAGUCUCGUCGGAUUAUGAAAAAAGCUCCCUGAUUUGUAACGUUGAAACGUAG